CCCUUCCGAUUUCAGAAAAAAAACUCAUCAUCUUCUUUUCGUCCUCGACCACAUCGUCACACUCUUUCCCUUCUCUUCUCAAUCUCUCUUCCCCUCCUCACUAUCUUCCACACCAUUAUCAACAAUGCAAGCUCUUCUCUCCCCAUCUCUCCGACCUUCUCCUCUCGACCCAAUCCGCAACAAAUCCCAUUUCCUCUCAUCUACUUCCACGAAAUGCAAACCCCCAACCAGAAUUUCCUUCAUCACUCCUCGAGCUGCUGUUUCUUCUUCUCAAGCUGCGCCAAAAAGAGAAACAGACCCAAAAAAACGAGUUGUGAUUACAGGAAUGGGUCUUGUUUCCGUGUUCGGUAAUGAUCCUGAUGUUUUCUAUGAUAAACUUCUUGAUGGGGUUAGUGGGAUUGCCCCCAUUGAUCGUUUUGAUGCUUCUAAAUUCCCAACUAGAUUUGCUGGACAGAUCCGUAAUUUCUCUUCUGAAGGCUAUAUUGAUGGUAAGAAUGAUCGACGUCUUGAUGAUUGUCUUCGUUAUUGCAUUGUUGCUGGCAAGAAAGCACUUGAAUCUGCUGAUCUUGGGUCUGAUAAUCUCUCUAAGAUCGACAAAGUGCGGGCGGGUGUGCUUGUGGGAACUGGUAUGGGUGGGCUUACAGUUUUUUCUGAUGGUGUUCAAGCGUUGAUUGAGAAAGGUCACAGAAAAAUAACUCCAUUUUUCAUUCCGUAUACCAUAACUAAUAUGGCAUCCGCAUUGCUUGCCAUUGAUCUUGGUUUGAUGGGACCUAAUUAUUCGAUAUCAACUGCCUGUGCUACCUCAAAUUACUGUUUCUAUGCUGCUGCCAACCAUAUCCGUCGUGGUGAAGCUGAUGUAAUGGUUGCCGGUGGAACUGAAGCUGCUAUUCUUCCUAUUGGUUUAGGAGGUUUUGUUGCAUGCAGAGCUUUGUCGCAGAGGAAUGAUGAUCCUCAGACAGCUUCGAGGCCAUGGGAUAAAGAAAGGGAUGGCUUUGUGAUGGGUGAAGGAGCUGGUGUACUGGUAAUGGAGAGUUUGGAGCAUGCAAUGAAAAGAGAUGCUCCGAUUAUUACUGAGUACCUGGGAGGUGCAGUAAAUUGUGAUGCUUAUCAUAUGACUGAUCCACGAUCUGAUGGACUUGGUGUUUCCUCAUGCAUCGAGAGAAGCCUAGAAGAUGCUGGUGUGUCACCUGAAGAGGUCAACUACAUAAAUGCUCAUGCUACCUCCACAAUUGUUGGUGACUUGGCUGAGGUGAACGCCGUCAAGAAAGUCUUUAAAAAUACAUCUGAAAUCAAGAUGAAUUCAACUAAGUCUAUGAUAGGACAUUGUCUCGGUGCUGCUGGUGGUCUGGAAGCUAUCGCUACAGUUAAAGCUUGUACAACUGGGUGGUUGCAUCCUACCAUUAAUCAAUUUAAUCCGGAGCCAUCGGUCGAGUUUAAUACAGUUCCAAAUAAAAAACAACAGCACGAAGUGAAUGUUGCAAUUUCAAAUUCUUUUGGAUUUGGUGGUCACAAUUCGGUGGUAGUAUUCUCCGCCUUCAAACCUUGAUUGGUUGCGUGAUGAAGAUUUUGCGGUCGUCAAGGAGUUUAGAAUAUGUGUGCUUUGUAACUUUCAGACAAUUGUAUUCUUCCCAUACUUCUUUAACCAUGAUGAAUUUUGGAAGGAAGCAGGGGAUCGCAAAACAUUUCUGCGAUCUGCAUUCUCCUGUCUUUUGAUCAAAAGAUAAUAAGUAAAAUAUGUAGCGUAGAGAAAUAGACAUACAUCUUUUAUCUAUAUUUUCAGUUGAGCUAGUGAACCUAACAGUUGGCGGCAUGUUAAAGUAAUUUCUAAGGUUGAUUGUUUAAUUAGAUCAUUAGGAAAGUUGUUUCUUGGA